AUGCCAACAGUUUGCUUGAUAUCCAAGAAAAGGAACACUCAAUGCUGUGGAAAUCAGUUAAUAUCGACAAAAAAUGGUUGCUGUAAUGAAAUAACUCCUUUCAACAAGACUAUAUCAGCUUGCGAAAAAAACCAAAUUGUUCCACGGUUCCAUGACUUUUGCAAUGGAAUACUAUACGAUAAAGGGAAACAGAUAUGCUGCGACGAAUCCGAACUCUACAACAAAUCCUCUUUUGACAGACAUUUCCGUUGCUGCGGGGAGUCUUUGUUUGAUAACAGGCGGGAACAGUGCUGUAAAUUGGCAGGUAUAACCGAAGUCCAGUCCUCAAAUGGGCACUGUUGUGGGACAGGUGUUUACAAUUCCUCCAGUCAAAUCUGUUGUUGUAACAACGUAUACGACUCAUCAAAUGGAACAAUUCAAUGUUGUGGGAACGGUUCAUAUGACAAAAGACAACAAACAUGCUGUCAUGGUAAAGUGCAUAACAUAAAACACGUGAACGACCCUAAAUGUUGUGGUAAAGACGUAUAUUCAACAACGUCACACUUAUGCUGCAGUGGUGACUAAAUAAUAAAGAAAAAUGCUUCUGACCACGAUCAAUGCUGUCUUCGGAAUUCAGAGUUCUACUCCUGCAAACAUCAGCCAAGGAGACCAUCGAUAAUUUGUGGGUACCAGCGGUAUAACAGUCAGACAGAUCUUUGCUGCAAUAAUCAGGUCCACAAGGGCGCCAAGGAAACUGGAAGAGAAUGCUGUCACCCAGGAAAAAGGGAUUAUGAUCCAAUAAAUGAGAAAUGUUGUCAUGGUUUGGUGAAAAGUAUUGC